UUUGUAAUAUUGACAGAGCAGCCACCUCACACAGAUAAAAGUGACAUGCAGGGGGGGAUUUCUGAGUAAAAACCCGAAGACCAGACGGAUAUCCAGACAUGAUUUCAAAUGAUGAUUGCAGCACAGAUACACUACACCAUAACACGAGAAAUAAUGGAUCUACGCGCAUGGUCAGAGUUGGGUCCAGAAGUCUUCCACUGUAUCCAUGUGUGAUCGUGUGUUUAGGACUGCUAAACACUAUUCUGAUGUUAACUGCUAUUGUUAUUGGGGUUUACUGUGGCAAAGGCAGUGAGGAAUCCGCUCCACACCAAAUAACAGCACAAGCGCUCAUCAUAGAGGUGAGGCAACUUCAGAUAAUGCAGACUGAAGCGAUUAAAGCUCAAGAAGAGGCCAAACAAGCAUUAGAGGAAGAGCUCAGGAGCCAUCAGCAACUAAAACUGCAGUUAGAGCAGAACAAGACCCUCAGCGACAGCAUUCAGAAGCAGCUUGAGACACUAGAUGUGGAGAGAGCAAGACUGCAGUCCGAUUCAUCUGAUAUACUGGAAAGUUGUGGACGGUGCCAGUCAGGAUGGCUUUUAUUCAACACAUCGUGCUACUUCCAUGCUACACCAGCAUCCGGUCCCUUAAAGAACUGGGCAGACAGCAGGGCGGACUGUGUCAGGCGUGGAGGCAAUCUGGCUGUGAUUGAUAGCUUGGAGGAGCAGAUCAACCUUUUUGAGUACCUACCUAAACAGGAUUCAAGCAUUCGACCUUGGUGGAAAAUUUCAGGGGGCAUUUGGAUUGGCCUUUCAGAUAUUCACACAGAGGGCAAAUGGGUGUGGUUAAAUAAUGUGACUCUGCAAGAUGGAGGGUACUGGAUACAAGGGGAGCCAAACAACCAUGGAGAAGUGGGUGAGGACUGUGCAGCUGUCUUGAACAUUGCCAACCCUAGGGCAACGUGGUUUGAUGCAAACUGCCAAGAAAACAAGGAACGGUUAUGUGAAAUGGACCCCAACUAGCUGUGGAGAGCCAUAUCCAGGCUGAGUCUCCCCAAAGAAGUUGCCUCCAUAAUGUCAAACAAGCUGGAACCACCAUAUGAGAAGAGAAGGCCCAGUUAUUUUCCAUAUCAGCAUUGAUUGCAUGCAAGUUUCUCUGGUCUUAAAUAAAUACAUGGAAUAUAUUAA